CCAUGGCACAACCACGUAGCGCCUUUCAAAUCCUCUCAUGAUUCGUUCCAAUUUCCUUUUCGUACGUUCAAUUUCUCCUCUUUCUCAUCACCGGAACCCACUUUCUCCCUUUGCAGUCUCUUACUCAUCGUUUAACUUACCGGAAUCCUCCAUGGAAACAAACUCCAAAGAUUCACAGGAACCAAAAAAAGAUCAACACAAGGAAACAGCUCGUGAUAUUGAUCCAUUGAAGAAGGUGUCGGAUGAUAUACUUCCUCAUAUCCUCAACCUGUAUGGAUCAUGUGCCUUACCUCGGGAUUUUGAAAUCUAUGCUCCUGAUGCUUCAUUUGAAGAUCCACUCAUGUGUGCUCAUGGGGUGAAGCAAAUCAAGUCGGCUUUUUAUUCUCUUUCAAAGGUGUUUAGUGAGUCAAGAAUUGUAGAGUACAACAUCAAAGAAAAUAUACUUCCUCAUGGAAGAAGAGAGAUAGUCAUUGACAACAAGCAAUACUACAAGUUCAUGGGAAAAGAUAUUGACAUGAUAUCACUCAUUAAGCUUUAUGUAGAGGAUGGGAAGGUCAUUCGCCAUGAAGAUUGGUGGAACAAAAAGCCCCUAUGGAAUAGAGAUACUUCUAAUGUGCCACUAGUUGGACGAAUUAUAGAGAUGGCUCGAAGGGGUUCCAUGUUGGCAACUCAUGCUAUGAUGAAAUUUGGGAAGGACCCAACGUCAUAAUCCUCUCCAUAAUGGGCAACAUUGUGAUUUUGUAUGAUAUAUCAUAUAUGUGUGUGCAAUAUUAGUUUUUUUUACAUGAUUUACAAACUUCUAUAGAGUAUGAGUUCCAUGUUUUAACCGGUUGUGGUGAAGAACAUUGAUAACUGGUGUAACGGGGUCUUUGUAAUCGGUUGAUAGGGUUGGGGACUUUAUAACUGAUUUUUUAAUCUUUUUAAUAAAACUUAUUAAUAAGUAUA